UCUUAAAUCAACACCACCCCCUUUGUGAAAACAACAAGCAUCUGACUGGGCUCGCCUAAUUUCGAUACAGUUAAAGCUAAAAAGAUGUGACAGAAAUUUCUCCAAGUUGUGGAGCGGAGUGGAAACGCAGCAUUACGCACACACGGGCGUACAUACAUAUGCAGUGCGUACAUAUAGACGACGAUAAUCCCACAUCACAUGAUGCGAAGUGCUAAGCGUAGCUGAACUUCAAUAAAUAAAAAAAGAGAACUGUCCAAAUAACAGUCCAACGACAACGAGAAAAUCCAAUGUUAAAUACUAUCACAAAAACCCAUAAACCGCCCUGAGGAAGGAGGAGAGGACCUUUAAACUCUUCUAACUUCUUUUGUUUUUUUUUUGUUUAUUAUUAUUUUUUUUUUGGUUUUGUUUUGAGAACGUGCCUUCUUUUUUUUGGCGUGCAACACUUUUUUCGCGUCUCUGUGGAAAAGUUUUGCAUCGUUUCAAAAAAAAAGAUACACGUCGACACAUACGGCCGCUAAGAUUCCAAAACCCACGGGUACUAAACUGCAGCGUCUCAAAGCCAAGGCGGCUGCCAGUCAACAUUACGGCGGUGGCAAUCAUCACAAGUCCGGGAGCAGCAGCAGCAGCAGCAACACCAACAGUAGAGGCGGCGACGUAAAUUUUGGAACUCAAGGCGUGUACAACUAUCAACGCGGUGGCGCUGCCGAGGAGCGUAGCUUUGCUCCGACGUCGGCGUUGGCGGCGGGAGCGGUUGCAGCAGCCACAGUUACAGCCACAGAUGUUGGACAGAAGUCAUAUCAAUACAACAGCAACAACAACAAUUAUCAAAAGUCAAGCCACACCAGUGCCAAUUACAACAAUAAUAAUAAUAAUCAAGAAACCUCAACAAACCUGCCUUAUCAGCCACAUCAGCCUCCACAACAGCAGCACAACCACACGAUGAUGAUGACCAAACAAAAGAACACGCUGGCCGAACGCCUCAACAUCGGGGACGAGGUGCGCGAGCUGAAGCUGGGCUCCACCUUCAAUCCGAAGAACACCUCCACCGCAUUUCACACAAUCAAAUAUGACUUCAAGCCAGCUAGUGUGGAUACGAGCCGUAUGGCAACAGUGGAUGUUGGCUCAAAUAAUCAAGUUACUGUUAUCGUGCCAAAUUCAGAAAGUUCCGGUGUGCCUCAUACAGUUUAUAAGGGUAAUCAGAGAGAGUAUGCGAAGGAAUGCUUGAUGAUCUACGACAAGGAGACGGGUGCUAUCACGAUUGAGAAACUAAAUCAUAACAUACAAGUGAAGAAGACAAGAACCGAAGUUACCAACAAACCAGUACAGCUGCCGGCACAGAGUGUGCCCAUGAACAUGGGCCACCAAGGACAGGUCCUAGGCACGAACGGAUCCGUGCCCCCACCCAUGGCCCAAUUGGCACAAGGGCCUUUGUCCGGGCCCGGAGGCAAACUGGAGAACAGCACCAUGCGAGUUUCAUCGAAGACAAAGGUCUCAACGGGCAGUCGUCGGAAUAAUAUAAUUGACUUCAAGCCGCGCAAUUCGCCCAUGCAGCAGAGCUCCCCUUCGCGACCAGUGGUCACCCAUCGGAGUCCGCAGUCCGCGCCAGCUUGGGAUGCAAACAAUGCCCAACAAACGUUGCCCAGCAUUCCCAUGAUAACGGACGAUGACGACUUUGGAUUGAGGGCCGCUUUCCACAAUGGCGGUCAGGCGAAUAUCUCCGGUUCCUCGACAGGCUCGUCGUCAGGCCAGCCCGACCUAUAUGGAUCCUCGUCUUCGUCGCACAUGGGGAAACAGCGGCAGGCUCAUGGCAAGCGUCAGCAGAUUCAUCAACGUUCCAGUCCACCCGUGCAACAACAGCCACACUAUCAACAGCAACAGCAGCCGAACUACGGGCGGGCCUAUAAUGGCGCCAGUAACUACGCACAACCACAUCCCCAGCAACAACGGCACUCUCCGCACCAACAGCCGCAUCAGCAGCAGCAUCAGCGGCACUCCCCACAGCAGCAGCAACAGCGGCACUCUCCACAGCAGUUGCAACAGCAACGCCCCACGUCUUACGGGCAUAGCAAUAAUAUGCCCAUGGACUUGGACUCAUCCAGAGAACAUGAUCUGGCCUCACAGUCUGUUGCGCAAGCGGCUGCCGUUCUCGAACAGCAAAUUGGCGGUGCUCUAAGUGCCUCUAGCUCCAGUUCCGAGUCGGAUUCCAGCGACAGUGAUAGCGGCAGCGACUCCGAUGACAGCACCGAGGAUGAUCGUUCUAUGAAAGAGCAGCAAGAGCAACAGCAGCAGCAGCAGCUGCAGCAUCAGCAGAUCCAACAGCCAGCCCCACACCAUCAACGCCAUCAACAGCAACAGUCCCAACAGCACAUGAAUCAGCUGCCCAACCUGGGCUUGGGUUCCAUAUCACCAUCCUACAACAACCAUCAUAACCAUCAGCAGCCGCAGCCGCAACCGCAGCAGCAACAAAUGUCCGGCGUGUAUGCGUCCAAUGGUGGCUUUCCAAAUGACUUGCUGCAAAACGAUCUGCAGUUGUCCUCCAAUUCGUCCGACGAUGACGAUUAGCUGCAUUUAAGUUUCCAUAUAAUUUGCCUUUUUUGACUAACAAAAAACAAAACAAAAACAAAAAGAAAAACAACAUCAAUUGAUAUUCUGUUUAUAUGCGUGUAAUUAAGUUGUAAUUAUUGAGGAGAGAAUUUAAUUGCUAGUGAAAUUUUUUAUAAAUAAAUUCUUAGUUCUAUA